CUUACUUCAAAAAGUUCACAUAAAGAAGGCCCAUUGGCCGAUCAAGACGAUUUGGAGUCCGACGCGAAAAACCCCUGAAAACCCUGCAAACUCUGAGGAAACUCUUUCGCUUCUGUUGAAACCCCGCCUUGCCCCAAUACUCCUGUUUGCCGAAAUCCUAUUGCGCUGCAAUCUCUCACUUGGCUCGCUGAAAGUUCUGUGUCAGAGUGUGUGCCUUGUUUGCGAUGGAAGAAGAAUAGAGAGGAACAGCAAACUUUUACAUGAUUUUGGGGAUAAACAUGAUAAAAACAUUCGACCUCAAAUCACCAACGUCCAUGGACAAGGAUUUCACAGGCUUAGUAUCAGAGGCUGCGAGGACAACGAUUUCGCCUGAAUAUAAUAUCUCUCCGCAGUCUAAUAAUGGAGAAGGUCCAUCGUCAGGUUCAGUAGAAGUUCAACCCAAGGAGAAUGCGAGCGAAUCUCUUGGUUCACAGGUCAAAGAAGUAGAGCAGAGGGGUUCUAUGCUCGGUGCUCGAGGCGGACCACUUUUCAUGCCCGGAUUGGUCAGUCCCUAUACCAGUAUUCCUCAAUUCCAAGCAUCUGUUACUCAGCAGUUAACUAGACUUCAUGAAGAGCUGCAUGAUGACUUGAUUGAUAUUGACGAGUUUGAUGUUUCGGUUGAUGAUCUCAAAAUAAUCACUGACGAGGAGCUAGUGGAUAGAGUUUUUAAAGAGGCAUUUAAGGGUUCUAGUAAAACACAAGGACUUCCAACACGUGCAUCGACUGAAAGUGUGGCACAAAAUCAUGUUCGAUCUGGUGAAGGGAAAUCUCAAGGAGAAGAGUCAGUGCAGGAAAUCCAAGGCAAUGCUCUGUCUGAUACAGAUUUAGCUGUUGACACAGAAAACAUUUCUCCACGUCUACAGUGCCACUCUGCUCUUAGUACUCUAAAGAAAAAGCGAAGAGGAAGGCAUUAUGACAGAGAGACAAGAGCUGCAGAGCUUGAGAGUGAUGAGAUACAGAAGGCAGAAUCACUUGCAAAAAUAAAAUGUCAACAAGAGGAAGACAAAGCAAAUGCCAAACUCCAUUCGCUGAUAUCAAAAUGUAGAGAAAGUACAUCUACAAAGUAUGAUAAUAUGGAAAGGUUGAAAUCCUUGAAAUUUAUCACUUCGAAAUUGAAGACAAAGACAAUAAGCCAGAUUGAGCAUGAGCCAGUGCAUUACUCGGAAGUUGUUUUGUGUAUUGAGUUCUAUCACAAUAUAAGGAAGGAACAUAAGAUUCAAGAAUUUCUGGUUUUAGGAAGCCAACCACUGACAGUCCUGAGGGAUAAGUUAUAUUGCUUAACGGAUCAGUUGAUGCAGAAGGCUGGACAACAUGUUCCUUCAGGAUAUUUUCUUAUUGAGAAUGUGUUCUACAAUGACUUCAGGGAUCCAAUGGCUAGUGACUAUAGCAGGCCAAUCAUCAACUGGUUCAAUAAUCAAAGAGGUGAGGCGCUUGAAAAGUGGAAGGCCAUAAUAGCUGCUGGCUUUAAAAAGAAACAAAGAGUGCUGCUUCAGGAAUCUUUGCCAUCAGAUCAACUUCCUUUCUUCAGGACUACCAACAUGUCUACAACUUGUUUUGCUGAUUUACAGUUUCAGUUAGGUGUUCGGUACCUUUAUUGUCACCAGGGUGAUUGUAAGCAUGGAAUUGUUAUAAGGGAUAUGCGGUUAAUUCAUCCAGAAGAUGUUCAAAAUAAGUAUGCCUACCCUCUAUUGACAUUUCAGCCUCGUGUGCGUCAUAGAAAAUGUACCAUCUGUGAUAUCUAUCGUGCAAAGAAGAUCACUUACGACGACAAAUGGGCUCCAGAAAACCCAUCAUUUUUUUGUGAGAAUUGUUACUAUCUCCUACACUACAAUCAGGAUGGAACUCUUAUGUAUGAUGACUUCAGUGUCUUUGAUUACCACCAUGAAUAGACUGGGAUAUAAUAUCUUAUAUGUACUUAAUUGUUUUGUAUAUAUUGUUAUGAGUACAUGAAGAUGUUCGAAGUCAAGGUCAAGAUACCUAAGGGAAUAGGAUCUAUCUCCUUUUAAUGGAGCAGUUUUGGUUACAUCCAUUGUACUUUUUGCAAUGCAUUGAGAUAACCUUUGGAGCUUUA